UCUCUCUCUCUCUUGAGGAUUUGCAUAACGCAAUAUGUUUACAUAUGUUACUACAUAUGUCACAAAGUAGGAACUAGUUCUUUGUACAUGAUUAGCAUGUUUUAUUAUCUCGUCAGUAAAGAUAACAGACACAAUUCACUGAAAACUGAUAACAAUAUCACGAUUCAUAAUAAAUUCGAGUAAAAUUCUUGGUCGAUCGUUUGCCGGCAGUCAGUCAACGAAUGUCGCUGGGAUCGCUGUAUUAUAUCGGCAUCAAGAAGAGGCCGCACCACUUCAUUUGCCCACUUAGAUCUCUUGGGUCUACAGCUGCUUGGUCGACUCGUUAGUUGGUAAUUCGAGUGCGUAGUGUGAGUUUAUACGAAGAGAUCCGGGACGAAUCGCGACGACUAAAGAGUCGUCGAUCGAAUUUAUCUCGAAAUUUGUGCGCUCGACGACUGAUAGAUCCGAGACGAUUCAUCGGUACAAUCGCACAGACGUCACGCGAUUGCAACAUUGACCAAAUAGGAGGAGCAGCAGCGAAUACUUUGUGAGGAAUUCAUUGUGAGAAAGAGAGAGAGAGAGAGAGAACGUUGAAAGGGAUAUUAAACCGAAAUAGCCAUGGCACGAUUGAGCUUUCGCUAUACGUUGGACAACAAUCGUUUUACGAUGAAGCAAAGGAUAUUCUAUGAGAAGAACGGAUAUCUAGUGUUUCCUGGUCUCAUAGAGCAGGAUGUGCUCGACAAAUGUCAUAAGAGAUUCGACGAUAUCGUCGAGGACCGAGCUCCGCGAGACAGAAUCAUAGUGAUGCGCGACGUGAAGGACAGGAAAUCGGUAAACAAGUUGCAGGACAUUAAUUUCGACCCGGUCUUCUGUGAAUAUAUCGAGCACAAGAAAAUCCUUGACAUAGUGGAGUGCUUCACCGGGCCAAAUAUCAUGGCGAAACACAGCAUGCUCAUUGCGAAACCACCCGACAUAGGAUUUGGCACUUCCAAACACCCGCCGCACCAGGACUUGUACUACUUCCCGUUCCGUCCGACUGAUCGUAUAGUGGCUGCAUGGACAGCCAUGGAACUAUGCGACAAGCAAAACGGAUGUCUCUAUGUGGCACCGGGAUCGCACCGUUCAGGUCAGCUGUACGUUCACAAUUAUCCUCCUGGUGUGUCGAACAAGUUUUACCAUGGCAUACAGGAUCUGCCGAAGAAUAUACAUUAUCUGGACCUCGAGAUGCAACCUGGUGACACGGUGUUCUUCCAUCCGUUGCUCAUUCACGGAUCCGGCGUCAACGUUUCCACUCGUACGAGGCGGGCCAUUUCGUGCCACUAUGCGGCAGUGGAGUGCUUUAAUGAAAAAGACCCGGUCCAGUCUCCCAUUGAAGACGAGAUAAUGGAAUACGCGAAGAAAAAGUAUCCCAACAUCUCAUUAACGUAUACAGACGUGUGGGAUUUCAAGUCCUCACUCGUGCGCGGAAUUCAAUCGUCCUUGUAGUGCUUGACGCGGAGGAUACGGGGAUGAACGAUCAAACAUAAAAUAUAUAUAUAUAUUUCUCAAGGUAGACACGGGGGAUUGUAACGAUAGUCAAAUAACGUUAACGCGGGGAUCGGUGCAGGACAAUACGGUACAGGACUCAUUCGACGACGGUGCGGGACAACGGUACGAAGAGCGGCAUUUGGGAGAGAGGUGGGCAAGAAACGUCACCGCAGAAGAAAAAGUAACGACAACGGCGGGACUGUCGCCGUUAUUAUUUAAUGAGUUAACAACGUCGCGCCGGUGCCGUUGAUGGGAAUUGGAUGGCUGCAUGGCGUAGCAGUGCUUGGCGAAGGGAUCCUUGUAGGUAUUCUCGUGUCGUACGCUGGCGCUCGACGUGCGACAGGCGGCUAAGCAGAUCUGGAAGCGGUCGAGAUUGCGGAUGCGCGUUCUCACCGCGUCCUCCUCCUUCUGCGCCUUCACGGAGCCCGACACCACAUCCUUCCGACCUUUGAUUUGCUGCGCGCAGAAUCAGGACAGACAGGGUGAAAACGAAAAUUGUCCUCUCUACAUCGGACCUGUUUUCUUCAGUUGCACUCUCGCACGUCUCGAGCGUGCGACUAAAGAGAAACAGAGACUCGCGAGACAGGUCGAUAAAGUGUCUACCUUGCCAGGAUGCAGGCAACAGGAGACGCAAUAUUCGUAGAUGGUGCAGCAUCCUUGAGGAUUGCACGUUUUGCAGCUAUAUCUCUCCCUCCUGGCCAUAAUCGGCGUCUCCUCGUUCUUCGGGCUCUGCUUUUGCUCUAUUCUGCAACAUCCAUUCGGUAGAACCUCGUGCCUGGCGCAUACUAUUCCUCGCUCAUCUACUAUUAAAGCUUUCCCCUGAAUUAGAAAUAGAUCUGCUAUUAAAUGAUCCUUAAGACGAGUAUGAAGUCCGGGCAAUUAUCUCGGGCUAGAGUUUACUUGAAUAGAGUUGCGACAUGGUUGAGUGGAAGCAUCACUUUCGUUCAGGUUAGCGGUGUCUACACUCGCCGCAUUCUCACUGAAGGCACGCUCAAGAAGUUCCAUCUGCCAUAGCGGAGCUUUACCGGAUGUCUUGGAUUGUUCUGAAAGUACGUCGUCAUCAGACAUCAGGUCCUCAUUGUUAUCAUUAAUCAUCAUAGGAUCCAUAUCGUCGAGAUCACUGUCUAUGCUUAGUGAUCUUUUCUGCAACGGAGAUUAUGAAUUCAACAUUACGGAACAUUAUUAUUAUUCGCUCUUCAGUUUCGGACUGGAUAGAUAUAGAUUGUUGAGACAACUUGCCUCAUUUCGAAGCAAAGAAAAGGCACAGUAGGUCAAUGACAAAGCGAAGAUGAGUCCGAGAACGAGACGUCGCCUGAUUAAUCUGACCAGACUCAUGUAACUUGGCAUCCUUCUCGUGCUUCGCUGUGCGAUUCACGUUAAAUCUAUA